AUGCUCGGCGAAGCACCUCAGGAGAAUGACCCGUGCGACCCGAACCCAUGCGGAGAUGACGAUGACGACGCCACGUGCCGCGUGGUGAACAACGUGGCACUGUGCAUCCCGGCCGAGCCGGAGCAGCCGCGCCGCGAGUGCUCCACCAACGCAGAGUGCGCACGCCACCUGGCCUGCAUCGGCUUCCGCUGCGUCGACCCGUGCCCAGGCAGCUGCGGCACCGGGGCGCGCUGCGACGUCAUCAACCACGUGCCCCGCUGCCACUGUCCGGCAGGCACCACCGGCAACCCGGUGCGCUACUGCGCGCCGGUGCCCGCCUCCACGCCGGCGCCGCGGCCGCAGGACCCGUGCUUCCCGUCUCCAUGCGCCGAGAACGCUCGCUGCCGCAACCACAACGGCGUGGCUGUGUGCACGUGUCUGCCCGAGUACCAGGGCAACCCGUACGUCAGCUGCCGGCCCGAGUGCUUGUCGGACUCGGACUGCACCAACACACUUAGCUGCCAGCGUCAGAAGUGCCGCGACCCGUGCCCGGGCACCUGCGGGCGCGGCGCCAUCUGCGAGGUGUUCGGCCACCGUCCGCGCUGCCGCUGCCCGCCGGGGUACCAGGGAGACCCGUACCAGCCGAGCGGGUGCCGACCGGUGCCGGCCACACCGCCGCCGGUGCCCGAGCAGCCGCGCGACCCGUGCCAGCCGUCACCGUGCGGCGACAACGCCGUCUGCAAGCGGCGCGGCACGGCCGCCGCCUGCGUCUGCCUGCCAGAGUACCAGGGCGACCCGUACGUCGGAUGCCGGCCCGAGUGCGUGCUCAACUCAGAGUGUGCACCACAGCUGGCCUGCAUCGGCCAGAAGUGCCGCGACCCGUGCAACUGCGGCCUCAACGCCGACUGCCAGGUGGUCAACCACAUCGCCUCGUGCGUCUGCCCGCAGGGUCACAUCGGAGACCCUUACCGCAUGUGUCACCUGGCGCCAAGUGCACCGCCCGACCCGUGCAACCCGUCGCCGUGCGGCCGCGGUGCCAUCUGUCGGGUGAGCGGCACCACUGCCGUCUGCUCGUGCCCGCCCGGCCUGUUCGGCUCUCCGUACGUCGAAUGCAAGCCAGAGUGCACGGCCGACUCGGACUGCUCCAAUACCAUGGCCUGCGUGAACCUGCACUGCGUCAAUCCGUGCAUCGGCCGCUGCGGCGUGGCCGCCGUCUGCGACGUGUACAACCACCGGGCGCAGUGCUCGUGCCCGCAGCCGCUCGAGGGCAACCCGCACGUGCAGUGCCGCGAACGGUCCCAGGCGCCUGUCGUGGUGCCCAGCGUCAAGCCCGAGUGUGAGGAGGACGACGACUGUUCACUCACGCAGUCCUGCAUCAGCGAGCGCUGCCAGAACCCGUGCGCGCUCUACCCGAGCGUGUGCGCCAGCAAUGCCGUCUGCCGCGUGAUCCGUCACCGCCAGGUGUGCUCCUGCCCGGACAGCAUGACCGGAAACCCGAACGUGCUCUGCUAUGAGCUCGGCUGCCGCUCCAACUCGGACUGCCCGUCCACAGAGGCGUGCAUCAACCGCCAGUGUCAGGACGUGUGCGCCUUCCAGAGCUGCGGCGCCAACGCGCGCUGCCGCGCCUUCAACCACCAGGCGCGCUGCGAGUGUCUGCCGGGCACGCUGGGCGACCCGUACACCGGCUGCCGGCAGCCCGAGUGCACCUCCGACCAGCAGUGUCCGUUCUCGCACGCCUGCCGCGACGAGCGGUGCGUGCCCGUGUGCACGGACGCCUGCGGCCGUCUGGCCGAGUGUCGCGCCAUCAACCACCGCGCCAGCUGCAGCUGCCCGCCCGGGUACACGGGCGAACCGACCGUCUCCUGCAGCCCCGUUCCGGACGAGCCGCGCCACGAGUGCACCACCGACGCCGAGUGUCCGUCGCGGCACGCGUGCAUGGGCCACCGGUGCGUCAACCCGUGCCAGGCCAUCCAGCCGUGCGGCCUGAACGCCGAGUGCCGCGUGGUGGACAGCCUGCCGGCGAGGACCAUGCUCUGUCAUUGCCUGCCAGGCUUCAUCGGCGACCCAGACGUCGAGUGCCGACCCCCCACGUACAUCAUCUGCUCGCGCAGCUCUGGAUCGUCGGUAACAUCGUCCCAGUGGAGGGGCACCGACUGCGUUAUCCCGAGUCCAGUGGAGAUCACCGUCUCCUGCGACACCAACCCGCAGGCCCAGCAGCCGUGCUCCGUCCUGGACUCUCGCUGGAGGCUUGCACUCCAGGCCGUACUUAAAGAAGUGCUCCACUACACGAUCGGCCGUAACAAUGUCCUCAUCGACACACAGGUCGUCCACAUACGCGUGUCUGUGCAGACGUCGGCCUCUGCUGUGUGCGCAGCGCCCACUGAGGCACCCGGCUGCACCGACAACUCCGAGUGUCCGCCGUCCGAGGCCUGCCGCAACCGCGCCUGUGUCGACCCGUGCCGCGUGGCCAACCCGUGCGCGGCCAACGCCAUAUGCCGCGUGGCCAACCACGCCGCCACGUGCGAGUGUCCGGACGACUACGUGGGCAGCCCGUACACGGGCUGUUACCAGGUGCCGGAGGCGGAGCCGGAGUGCAGGCGGGACACGGACUGCGCCGACACCCAGGCGUGCCAGCAGCAGCGUUGCGUGGACCCGUGCCGCACCUCCAGCCCGUGCGGCACCAACGCCAACUGCCGCACCGUCAGCCACCGGCCGUACUGCACCUGCCCGGCCGGCUACCUCGGCGACCCGUUCAGCCGCUGCUACAGGCCCGAGUGCACGCGCGACGACGACUGCCCGCGCGACCGCGCCUGCAUCUCCGAGAACUGCCGCGACCCGUGCCAGACGACGUCCUGCGGCCGGCGCGCAGAGUGCCGCGUCACCGUGCACCGCGCCCAGUGCUACUGCCCGCCGGGCACCCAGGGCAACCCGCUGCUGGCCUGCGUCGACGUCGGCUGCCGCGUCAACGAUGACUGCGCCGACCACCAGCGCUGCGAGACGCGCAGCGGUGCGUGCGUGGCCGUCUGCAGCACCGGAACGUGCGCCUCCUUGGCCACCUGUACGGCCGACGACCACCAGGCGCAGUGCACGUGCCCGCCCGGCUACAACGGCAACGCCUUCUUCCAGUGCAUCAAGGACGAGCCGCGAGUGCCAGCGCCAGUGUGCGUGGUGGACACGGACUGCGCGCCGGGCCUGGCCUGUCUCGCCGAGCGCUGCCAGGACCCGUGCGCCAGCAUCAGCCCGUGCCGCGGCGGCCAGCUCUGUUCCGUGCAGAACACGGCGCCGUUCCGCACCCUGGUGUGCCGCUGCCCGGCCGACAUGAUGCUGGACAGCUCGGGCCUGUGCAUCACCCCGGUGGUGGCUGAGCCCGAGUGCACGGUCGACUCGGACUGCAGUCAGGACGAGCAGUGCCAGCGCGCCAACUGCAUGCCCGUCUGCCGACCGGACCCGUGCGGCGCCAACGCCAUCUGCGAGCCGAAGCAGCACCGCGCCGUGUGCCGCUGCCCGCCCGGCUACGUCCAGAGCCAGUACAACGCCUGCCAGAGAGAGCCGCCGACGCCACAGCCUCCGAUCGUGCGGCCCGAGUGCGUCUCCAACAGUCAGUGCCGCUUCGACCAGGCGUGCAUCAGCAGCCGCUGCCAGAGCCCGUGCGACGUGCGCAGCCCGUGCGCGCCCAACGCGCGCUGCGAGGUGCGCAACCACGGCGCCAUCUGCAGCUGCCCGCCGCGCCACAUCGGCAACCCGUUCAUCCAGUGCGUGCCGCAGCCGGAGCAGCCGCCGGUGGCAGGCUGCCAGAGCAACGACGACUGCCUGGCCCAGCAGAGCUGCCAGAACCGCCAGUGCCGCUCGCCGUGCAACUGCGGAGACAACGCCGACUGCAACGUCAUCAACCACCGGGCCAUCUGCAGCUGCCGCCAGGGAUACGACGGCAACGCGCAGACUGGCUGCUACCAGGGUCAGUCAUGGCGGGACGGCGCGCCAGUCGAGCUGACGCCUGUGCCGACCCGGGACUGA